AACCAACUCAACAACCACUAAAACCCCCUUUGUGUAGGGUCUGUUGAAGACGAAGCGAGUCAUGGAGGAGAUCGCUCCAACGGCACCAUGUUGAGGCUCCAUCUCAACGAGAUCUGCCUUCUUUGCCUACUCAAAUGGCUCCCCCAAACAGAGGUUAAUAUAUUCUCAAAACCAUCACAGAUAGAAAUGAGUGAAAGUGACAAUCAUGCAUCCCACCCGCAUGAGGGAAACAGUAAUUAUCGAAGGACCUCGAACUGGACUGAUAGCUUAGAUGCUAUUAUGUUAACUCAAAUGACCGAGGAGCAUGCAUUAGGAAAUUUUGUGAACGGAGCUUUCACAACACUUGCUUGGACUAGGAUUGUGAAUGCUUUUAACCAAAAAGCAAAACUUGACUUCAAAAAGAAUCAGUUACAGAACCGGCUAAAAGUUUUAAAGCGCAUAUUUGGUACUUAUCAGUACCUUGCAAAUAAAAGUGGAUGGGGGUGGGAUCCUAUGCUUAACAUUCCUACUGCAGGUGAUCCUACUGAUUGGGAUGCUGUUAUUCGGGAGAACCCUUCAUAUGCCAAGUGUAGAGAAAAACCAUUUCCUGCUUACAAGGACAUCGAAUUUCUAACAGGAAAGACCACCGCUACUGGGAGGCAUGGUUUUACUUCCCAAAUGCCCGUUGGUCAUGAACCGAUAGAUAGCUCAUCGUCGUCCUCUCCUGGCCAUGCUGAUGUUUUAGAAGCCCUUCGAAAUUCAAUGAUCAAUGAUUCAGAGCAAGGGCAAAGCUCACGGGCACAUAUGAAUGUAGACACGAUAAAUGAAGCAACUUCGCUAUCUCCUAGUCCGGAUCCUGUUAACCCUUCGACUCCACAUAUUGAAAGUGCAUCCGGCCAUAGCUCUGCCGGAAAACGAGCUCGUUCGUCGCCUUCGCCAACUCGACGACAUAAACAACAGACUCGAGGUGGACGUAACAAAAAUACUACUAUCUCAAAUGAUAGGCUUGGUGAGUUGGCAGAUAUUGGGAGGCAAAGACUGGACAUAGCUAAGGCCAUUCUGAAACGGGAGCUUAUUGCACGGCCGAUAGUUCACUCUAUUGAGGAAUGUAUGGAUCGGCUAAGAAUGAUUAAUGGCGUUACGCCUGAGCGCUGCCUCACAGCAUUAGAAGCAUUCAAAGAUGACAGAAAUAGGACUAUCUUCCUAGCAUUGGGUGAUGAUAUCGCACUUGCAUGGAUUGAUCAACAGGCUGUUUUGCAGGGUUUUGCUGGACCAGAAAAACCCAACUAACUUGGACAUCUUUUUGUCUAUUAUGUUAGAAUAGUUUUGCUUUCCCAGCUGUGUGAUAACACUAUGCACUCUAGAUGGUGUCCUAUAUUGUAUGAACUUUCUUGUUAGUUUUCAUGCCCAUGAACUAACAAGUUUUGGUAUUGUAUGAACUUUAUAGUAUUGUGUUGUUUUAACUUUAUUAGUAUUGUAUGAACUAACAAGUAAGCUUUGCGUUGGAAAUGUUUACUAUUAUAUGAACUUUAUAGAUA